AUGCUGAUCACUCGCCCCCGGAAUCAAGUUAGCGAUGAGAUGUCAGCCGCAUCGGCGUCAGCAUAUUCAUGGUCUGAAAGCGAAGAGUUGAUCACAGUUGGAAACGCUGACGAUAUCUAUAAUGAAAUGGUAGACACGAGAACGGCAAUUCUUGACGAGUCCGAGGACGAAAGAUUCGACGAAAGUGACUUGUCAACAGCCAUACUGGACGAUGAUGAAGACCUCAUAACGGCGGUCUCGCAUGAUUACUCUGCAUACUCGUUGCCGGCCAGUGAAACAUUUGUCGAUAUGGACGAUAUUGAACCGAACAGCGUUAAAACGGCAGAAAUGGAAGUUUCAGCCUAUACACCACCGCCCAGUGAGACAGACGUCGAUAUGUCGCGAACCGAGUCACUGCAAAAUCAUUCAGAAGACGUUGUUGGAGGAGCGUCACCAAUGAGCACUGCAGUCACUGGAAGUAUCUCGUGGUACAGUAUGCCACCGUCAGAGACAAAUGUCGAAUUGCCAACAAGCAUGGGCGGGGAUCGCAGUAAAUUUGUCGAGGCUGUUAGAGUAUUAUUGAAGACACGCUGCGAACGAAGGGGUUACUGUCAGCAGUCAAAGGUUUUCACUACACAGAUGUUAGGCUAUUACCUAGAGGGCCUUGCGCUCAACGAAUCGGCCGUAGGCUCAGAACUGAACAAGGCGUUUCUGGAGGCGGAGGAAACAGAUAAAGAAAGGACAGAUGGAGACAAGGAUCCCUAUGACUUCGACACAGCCAUAGAAGCAUAA